AUGCCUGCAGUACCAGAACCAAUCCUCCAAGCCCUCUCCCUCCCCUCCUCAAAAGCCAGCCUCUCUACUUCAGGCCUAGGCUCCGGCUUCACAAACACAGGAACAAUCAAUGCUCAAAUCUCCGACUCAAAUGGCCCUCAAGAACGCCAAUACUUUGUCAAAACGUCAUCUAACGGCACAGCCGCUGCAGAAAUGUUCGAGGGUGAAUCGGAGUCUCUAAACGCAAUCGCGGCUUCUGUCCCAGGCUUCUGCCCAAAAGCACUAGCCCACGGCGCCUUGGACCAGAAAACACAUUUCCUAGCCACCGAGUACCUCAAUCUGGGCAUUCGGGGAAAGUCCACAGGCAGCGAGACACUUGCACAGCGCUUGGGCAAACUGCAUACCACGCCUGCACCCCCGGACCCAGAAACAGGCCGUGUGCGAUUCGGGUUUCCAGUACCGACGUUCUGCGGCGAUACGAGACAACCGAACCGGUUCUGUGACAGCUGGGCUGAGUUUUAUGCCAAUGAGCGCCUUUUGACAGUUCUGGCUACGUCCGAAGAGCGAAAUGGCCGCGAUAAGGGGUUACGGGAGGCUGUUGAGAAAACGGCUGGCGUGGUUGUGCCUCGGUUACUUGGAGACGAGCAUCUGGGGUAUAAGGACGGCGUUGGAAAAGGUAUUGUUCCAGUCGUUAUCCAUGGGGAUUUAUGGAGUGGGAAUGCAGACCGGGGACGAAUUGUUGGGGAAGAGUCUGGGGAUGUGGUCUACGAUCCUUCGGCUUGUUAUGGACAUAGUGAGUUUGAGCUGGGCAUUAUGAAUAUGUUUGGUGGAUUUGGAGGGAAGUUCUUCGAGGAGUACCACGCUAUUGUACCGAAGACGGAGCCUGUGGCGGAGUACAAGGAUCGGGUUGAGUUAUACGAGCUGUGA